CUUUUUCAAAAUGAAAAAUUGCGCGGAAAUGGGCAACCAUCGAGCGAGGCUCUGUCACUUGAAAAAGUGGCCAAAUUUCAGUGGUUACGGCUUUAGUCUUCGAACGGACUCUUACAAAAAGGAGCACAGAGUAGAAAAUGUUGAGCCAUUUUCACCCAGCCAGUCAGGAGGUCUUCUUACUGGUGAUAUAAUCUUAUUAGUCAAUAGCAGAACCGUAGGCAAGUCAAGAUUCAGGUUCACUAUGACUUAAGCAGAUCAUCUUUCACAUAAUGAAGUUGUAAAAUUGAUCAAAGAAAAGUUGAUGUAGAAUUGCUUGUUGUACAGCCAAAUGAUCUGGCACAUUUUCGAAAAUUCGAUGACCCUAUGCAUAUGGCAUCAAAGGACCCUAUACGUUGCGAAACUUCAGAAGAGGAAAUGAAUCAACUUACUGGUGCUGAACGACACUUGAUCAAAGCAGAUUCAGAUACAUUGAAUGAAAUUUAUGAGCGUAAACGUCAAUUAGCAAUAAAUCACUUAAUUGAUCCCCGAAAUCAACAUAGUAAUAUCGGUGUUGAUGCUAUUCCAGUUGGCGGUAAAUCUUGUAUAAAUUAUGCUUACAAUAAUGAGUUAGAAAGUUAAAAAAAAAAGGGGAUAAAGAAACAAGAGAUAAACAAUAUUUAGUAUAAUAUUAUCAUAGUAAAAGAUAUUCCAGGUUGAAUCAAAAACAGUAAUGUGUAUAAUCAUCACCGCAAAAGUACAAUUCUGCGCCAACACAAAUGUUUAAGGGUGUCAAUAGCUACAUCAUAUUUUCUUUCAAUUCACUAUAGUAGAAUAUUCAAAUGUCAAUGGUAUAUAGAAUAAUUCUAAGUUUCUUCUUUGACUCCUUUUCCUUCCUCAAAAUAGUCGUCACUAUUAUUAUUAUUAUUAUUAUUACUAGAGUUCCACUUCUCCUGAUACAUAUCAUAAAGUUUUGACUGUAUACACAGAAAUGAACAAGAUCAUCGAGCUUCUGGAGCUUCUUCCCCUACCCCAACCCUCCACCUUCAAACCACUUCAUACACAAUCAGCGAGGUUUAUCGAAUACUUAUACAUAUAGAAAUGUUUGAAACUCAUUAUCUCAGUAUAACAUAUUGCCAUUGUUUCAUUCCAUGUGAUUCGAUUAUUCUAUUGACAAAUUAGAUAAUAGUCAACAGUAAAUGACUACUAGUUUAUUAUUAAAUAAAUAUAUAUACAUCGAAUUUGUUCUACUCAAGUGAAA